AUGAUACUAGUAAAAUAUGAGAAACAAAAUUGUCAUUUUCAUAGUAAUGGUGAUGAUGGAGAUCUAGCUUUAGCGAAGUGGGAGUCAUUGGCUGGGCACUUACAAAAUAGGCAUGCAAGACAUCCCAAUAAGCUUUACAGAAAGUGCACUCAUUCAAAKGUCAAGAGAAAGUGGUUCAAACCAGGAGAUGAAGUCACAGUGAGUCUCACAGAUAUCCUUGAAAAGACAAGGUUAAGGAAUGACAUUAAAAAAUUGUCACCUUAUGGCCAAACAUCUGCGAUUGAAGGGUUCCACAGUCUCUUAAACCAUUUUGCACCUAAAAUGGUGCACUUUUCUUAUAACUCAAUGAAAUGCAGGUUACAGUUAGCAGCUCUACAUUUUAAUGAAAACAAUAACCGCGAACAAGCAUUGACCAAAGAAGGACAACUAAAGUAUAGCAUACAUUUUCCAAAGUAUAAGAAAGGGGAAUACACAGUGCGUAAAGAGUUGGUUGAAUGCAGAUAUGAAUAUGUUGAUAAACUCUACAAUGAAUUGUAUGAUGUCCUUGGAAGAGAACAAGAGGAUCAAGUACUUCAUAUCACUCCACCUCCACCUCUUUGUCAUACUUAUAGCCACCCCAUUAAACUAGAGGCAGUAGAUGAACACAGUUCACGAUUUUCAAAAAAAUGA